AUGAGCAAAAAUGAAAUUAAAAAUAAAUUAACUUUAGAAUUAAUGAAUUCUAUCAAAAAGCCAAUUAGUCAAGUGGUUGAUUUUCUUUCUGAGGCAAUUGUUAUCUACCUUUACACUGAAAACGAAUCUGUUUCAUUGAAGAGUAUAGCUCCAUUGCUUAUCCAGGUAAAAGAAAUCAUCAAUAGUAAAAAUUCAAAGGUAGAAAAAUAUGAUAAGAUACUCAAUUAUUUCAUUGGAAUAAUGAACAAAAUUAAUGAAUUAGAAGAAGGAGAGAUUAGCAAGUUGAAUAAUUUGAUUAAUUUCGAUAACGUUUUUGAACCAUUAUUGAAAUCGUUUAAACUGUUAAAUUAUCUACUAAAGUCGCUUGACAAUUUCAAAAUCGUAAGAGACAUGUUAAUCUUUGAGGAGAAAGAUACUUUGAAUCUCAUCAAAAAUUUCAUCAAAUUUAAUGAAAGGUGGUAUAAGAGAUUAAUCUUAAAUUCAUUCUCGUUCAAAGAGUUUUUACUGAAUAGAUGUUAA